AUGGCAGCCCAAGUCGACUUGCUCCGUGCGAAAGUAGAAGAGGAAAGAUUCAGGAUGAGUCUCGAUAGAUUCAUGAAAGAGAAGAAAAAGAAGAAGAAGCGUGACCUGUCGCCGUCAGCUGUGAAACGAGAGAGAUCCGAGAAAGAGGCGAAGAAAGUGAAGCUCCAUCACCACCAACACCAACAACACGCCGAGCACCGGAGCCACCAGCCGCAUCAGCUGCAGCAAAACCCCAAACCCCUCAACUUCAACGGGGACAAACACGUCCUGCACAAACACCACCAUCACCAACACAACAACCACAGCCUCAGCAACGGGACGAAGAAGAACCUGCACCCGCCGUUGCCUCCCCCUUCUCCCGCAGCGCGGAGGAAGGUACCGGAGCAGCUGCCGAAGAAGAGAGCGGUUCCCCCGGAGCCACCUGCGCUCUUCACCUUCACUCCCCUGAAAAUGGUCAAGGCCAAAGCCCAGGAGUUCAAAGACAAGCACCGGGAGAAGGAGCUGAAAGUCAAGCCCAAGAAGGAGAACACCGAGGCCAAUGUGAAGCAUGUGGAGGUGAAGAAGAAGAAGGGUGAGUGUUGUUAUUUUGGGCCCAGCAAAACAAACAUGGGGAUAUCCUGUCUAAAAAAUACAGUUUUAGGUGUUUUUACUAAUUUGUUGUGAUCUGGAUAUUUACAGUUUUUAUUCAUCAGCUCUUAAAUUUUGAAUGCAUGAUCAAAAUUUAUCUUUUAAUAAGAUGUUGGAUUUUAUUUACCAUGUUGGACACUCAAUACAGAAGAUAUUUGCCCUAAAGUUAUGAUAAGUUGUCCGCUUUGUUUUGUUUGAUUUCUGACCAGCUUUUCUGCUUCAAACCAAAAGGAAUCUAAAUUACCAACAAAGGGAGCUUAAAAAACAGCAAAUAUUAACAUCUGAGAAGUUGGAACGGGAAAUUUUGGAAGUUUUGUUUUAAAAUGUGACCUAAAAAAAUAUAUAAUAUUUCAUAAGCUUAGUGUUCCCUUGAAUCUAAAUAAUAUGUUUAAUGGGAGGGAAAAGAUGGAUCAUCAUUAUAUUUUAAUUUGGAAAAGCUAUUUUGAUUAUUUGUGAUGCAUUUGUGACAUGUUUUCAUAUAAGGAAGUCACCAUUAGACCAUAUUCUGUCCAUAUUAAUGAACCUACCUCCAACUAAUUGACUGAUUCCAAGGUACACCACUGUUCAGUAUAAAACCCUGAGCUGCUGCCAGGCUUUCCUUCUUUUUUGAGAUCAAACAGAGUCACUUUCACUCUGAAACAUUUGAGGAUGUAUGAUCAUUUAUAGGAUUUAUAUAAUAUUUUAUCAAAUAUCCUGUUUUAAAAACUUUAUCUAAAAGAAAGAACACACGAAAGGUUAUUAAGUACAGCUUCAGUUUCAUAGAAGUCUGAGUGCAACAUGAACUACUAACUGCCUGAUCACGUUCUGGCUCGGCAUUCACAAAUGUAGGUCAAAGCUGCUCCCAUCAAAACAGGAAACCGCUUUGAUGAAAGUGAAACUUUCCUGUGGUUUGAUAAGACUAAUAUGAUAUUCUUCUUGGAUAUUAUGGACAUUAAAUCUUCUGCUUUAAGAUAAGUGGGACCAUCUGGCCUUUUACUACGACUCUGUGAUGGUUUGGGGACGUAGAAGUGCACAUGGCAAGGGUAGCUCAGCACUAUUGUUGCUGAACUAUUCAGCGGGGUAAGUUGAGCCACCCCCUGUUGCUUUGAAAUGGUAAAAGAAAUUGAUCAUGUGACCAAAUAUUUAGAAGAUGGACAUCAAUUCAUGGAGUCUGUGAAGGUUAGAAGUACAUGGGUGAAGGAGUUAGACAUUUAUUUACAAAAAAUAAACAUUUUUCACUCUUGAAAGUGAAUUUAGUCUGUCAUAACUUUUAUUAGAAUUGUGUUCAGACCAAAAAAAGAUCAUUUUAAAUUUGUUUUAUACAUCAGUUAUGGUAUCUAUGAGCAACAACAUGAGGUCAAAAACUUAAAAUAAAAGUCGGGAAAAGUAGUAGGGAUAUGGGUCAACUUACCCCGCUCCUAUGGGGUAAGUUGACCAUCGGAGACCACUUUUUUGGCAUGUUAUAUUAUCAAGACAGUUAUGUUUACACUCACUCUGUUGGUUUGCAGGGAUGAACAACAUCAUGCAAUAUUUAUAUAUAUGCAUUCUUCAUGCACUACAACAGCUCUGUAGUAGAAGAGUCUUGGUGCUAAACUGACCUGUCUGCAGGUUUAACUUGUUACCAAAACUCCCAAACUUCUAAAUCAUCAAACUAUGUGUAGGUUAAUAUGGAAUCAGUGCUGUAUGAAAUCAUGAACCAUUAUUGUAAAUGAACAAUAAAUGACAGAAGUACGUGUUCUUAAUUUCUCUCUUCGUGUAUUUCUGCACCUGUAGAGCCAAAGCCAAACAACGAGAACAUCAAGUCUCUCACUCUGGAGGAAUAUCUCCUGAAGAAGAAAAAGAAGAAGAAGAAGCACAGAGAGGAGGAGCGCAGUGCCAAGAAGGUCCGACACGUGCACAACAAAGCGGUGCAGACUGCAUGUUCAGGACCCGGAGCAGACCUCACUCUCGGCCCUGAUCCAGCCGUGAAGUAUGAAAACAAUCACAGGGACCCUGUAAACAACCACCAACCCUACCUCCACCCUCUCAAACUGGAACACAUCCCCUUCCUCUCCCACCAGGACCACUACAUCCGCAGCUCCUGCCUCCAGACGGGCACCUAUGGGCGCUUCAUGCAUGAGGAAAGGCAAGCCAAUGGCGGGGGGCUGGUUCUGCACGCAUACGCUGAUGAGCUAGCUUGUCUGAGUCCAGCACAGAUGGAGUGCUUUGCCCAGGAGUUCCUGGAUUUGACCUUUGCUGAGAAGCCCAAAGGUGCAGCUACGUACGCUCUGACUGUGGUCCACGGUGCAGCUGCCUAUCUUCCUGAUUUCUUGGACUACUUCGCCUUCAACUUCCCGAACACACCGGUCAAAAUGGAAAUACUGGGAAAGAAAGACAUUGAGACCACCACCAUCGCCAACUUCCACUCUCAGGUAUGUAACAGACAAAGUUUUCUCUAAACUUUGGUUAGAUCCUGUAUUUUUAUCACAACCAAAUAGAUAAUAAUCCUAAAUUCUGAUAAGAGCAGCGCUUAGUUUAUUUGUCUUUCCGAUGUCAAAUGUUUAAGUAAGUAAAAUGUAUGAAGUAUGGCACCUUUUAAAGAAAAGAUUCACAGUUAAAAAUUCAAAAUACAAUCAUAAAAAUCAAGUAAAAUUAAAGAACAAUAACAAACAAUGGCAUGGAUAAAGCAUUAGUUAUAACAGGGGGAGGUAAAGGCCUGUUUAAAUAAGUGAGUCUUUAAAAGCUUUAGUUCAAAGUUCAAAGUUUAGUUUAAUUUCUGACCAGCUUUUCUUCUUCGAACCAAAAUGAAUUCAAAUUACCAACAAAAGAAGCUUAAAGAACAGCAAAUAUUAACAUUUGAGAAGUUGGAACAGGAACUUUUGAAAGUUUCAUUUUGAAAUGUGACCUAAAAAGAUCAUUAUCGCAGAAAAAAUGCUUCUACUUUACUAGAGAUAGAGAUAUGUGUGUCGGGCAAAGGUAAGUGUUCCCCUGAAUCUAAUAUUAAUCUAAUAUUUUAAAGUAAUGAAAAACUAUCAAUCGCUUAUGUGAGACGGACACGAGCAGACCUCUGUCCAUCAUUAAUGAACAAACUCAGGAAUCCUCCAUCUAAUUGACGGAGUCCAAGGUACACCACUGUUCAGUAUAAAACCCUGAGCUGCUGCCAGGCUCUCCUUGUUCUUUGAGAUCAAACAGAGUCGCUUUCACUCCUCGCAGGAUAACACUUAUCCUCGGCGCCUGAGAGAGACAGCAGAGCCAGGAUGUUUGCAUGUGUGAUGUUAGAUCUGCAGAGGGCCCAGCAGUGCUCUGUUUGUGCAGGGAAGGAGAGCAGACCCAGUUUGAUCAUUUCACCGCUUGAGUUUCCAGAGAAUAAACCGACGCUAUCAUUGCCUGCAUUUAAAUAUCUUGUUAUAUAAACGACAUUUAUCAGUUCAGUGUAGAUAACUGCAUACUAGAGGCUGUUGCAGCUCAGGUAUGUAGACGUUAAAGGGAUAUUUCGGCGUAAAAUUAAUUUAAUUUAGACACUUAAUUUAAACCCACCAACACACAUCCCUUUAUAACCUCAGCAGACCAGUUUGACUCUGGUUAGCCUCAGACUGUGAUCCAGAGUUAAGCUGGGUUAAAUUAAUUUUUAAGAGGGUUCAAAUUUUUGUUCGGACCUAUUGAGUCAACACAGCCCUGUUUUCAGUUUUCAAUGGGUUGGUCUGAAUAAUUUUAUCCCUGAUACUACUGCAGUCAUUUAAACUAUUGUAUAUGCAGUAAAGAAAUUUAUGUUGGCAAAAGGGGGGUAGGAGCUCGAUAAGUUUUAAACUUCAUCCUACUCCUUUUCGGACAUUGUUGUUGGUUUUCUUUUCUUCCUGAUUUGUAUUUUAUUGUCUUAUUUGAUUAAAUAAUGUUCGAAAUAAAAUAAAAAGUAAGUAAAGUAAAGUACAUCUCGGAAAUUAGCUGAUUCACAACAUCCUUUGUAAACACAAAAUAGAGAGAGCUGACUCUUUUGUUAUUAAGAUUGAGAAGGUUUAAUUGUUCACAAACCAGUCAAAUAACAAAAAAUACACACUUAACAAAACCCUGAUAACGUGUAAGACAUAGCUGUAGUAAAUGGGACACAAUUACAUCAGGAGUCCUUGUUGUUCUAGGUGAGCAGGACUUACUGUUCAGGAACGUACCGGUCUGGACCCAUGAGGCAGAUCAGCCUGGUUGGAGCUGUGGAUGAAGAAGUCGGGGACUAUUUCCCAGAGUUUCUCGACAUGUUGGAGGAGUCACCUUUUCUUAAGGUCAGUGGAAAAUAAAAUCCUAACCACAUCCCGCUGAAUCUGCAGAUUACAGCAUGUUUCUGUCUGAAAGCUCAUUAAGUUAAAUUAUAAGAGUAGUGCAGAUGUAUUAUUAUUAUUAUUGUUGUGACAGCUGUUCAGUCUCUUGUGCUUUUAUAUAAAAAUAAUAAUAGUGUAUUGUGGUUCUUUGAGAUUAAAUUUUAUCAGUUACAACCAAAAACAUGCUGUCGUCUUGUUUAAAACUAGUUUCCUUGUUUUUUACUGGUGAUAAAAAAGUCAUGGAUUCAAGGAAUAAGAAAGCUGAUGAUCUCAAAUGUGCAUGCUUGUCUCCCACCAUAGAUGACUCUACCAUGGGGCAGCCUCUCUAGUCUGAAGCUGGAUUGUCGCUCUCAGAGUGAUGACGGGCCGAUCAUGUGGGUGAGACCAGGAGAGCAAAUGGUUCCUACCGCUGAUAUGCCCAAGUCUCCUUUCAAAAGACGCAGGUAGGACCAGAACUUGAAGGAGAUCCUGUAUCUGUUUGUAUAAUCCAAUCAAGACUAAUACUUUCUUUCCUUUCUCUGAAACCUCCCACUUUAGGUCCAUGAAUGAGAUAAAGAAUCUGCACUACCUGCCGAGGGCCAGCGAACCAAGAGAGGUUCUGUUUGAGGACCGAACUAAGGCCCAUGCCGACCAUGUAGGCCAGAGUUUUGACUGGCAGAGCACGGCUGCUGUGGGGGUGCUGAAGGCAGUGCACUUUGGAGAAUGGUGAGUGUGAUUUAAAGCAGCUGUGAGGGACUUUUUGGAAGUACAAAUCUUUUAUUUCAUCACAUAUGAAAAGUACCUUUGCUGCUUUCUGUGGUAAUGGAUUGAGGAAAUGAAACAAAGCCACUUUUGGUGCUUUGUACAGCUCUGACCUCUGACAGCGGUGGUGGUUGAUGUUUAGCUACUCGUCUACUUCUCUUUUGUAGGUCAUAACGUGGUCAACUGAGGCUGUCAGAAACCCCUAAGACUUUGGACAGUAGUCAUACAUGUAGAUGUUCAGCCCUGAUCAUUUUAGUCAAAGAAAACAAUUAAUUUUCAUGCAGUAACUUUUAGACGGAAACGGUCUCCAUAGAAAAAUUUAGUUUCGUUUAGGGGGGUCCGUUUAGACGGCAACUGUGUUUUCAGGAGAUGAAAACGUAACGAAGUGAAAACCCCCUCCAGAGUGGAAAUGUUGUAAACACUCUGCUAGCCCCGCUUUCGUCUAAAGUACAAAAACGCUGAAAACAGUCAAACUGGUGACGUCAUGGCUCACGUCAACUCACGCUUAUGACAUCAUAGCCAUGCGUAGCUUCCUUGAAAAUAACAACAACAACCAUGCUAGACAUUCGAGUCGCGUUCUUCCAGGAAGUAGAACGGAAGUUGUUCUACGUAUGCAUUGUUGGUCUAUAUGGGAGCGCGGUCACACGGACACGCGCCACCUAGCGACCUAACAUUCACAUUACAGCGUUUUCAACCACAUUGCGUUUUUGUGUAAACACAGCAUAAAAACUGAAAACGAAACGGCACUUUUCCGUUUUCUAUGGAGACCGAUUCCGUCUAAAAGUGGCCUAAAAAGAGUGUCCAUUCUGACAUUUGGAAAUUGGCUGAGCUGUCAGCUCAUAUAGGCUGUUGUUAAGAUCAGCUGAUGUACUGUAGGCUAAACUUGAUCUCAUAUUCUGCCUGAACUUAUGCUGCGUUCGAGUUACCUCAGAAGUCAGAAGUUCGAGCUGAAAAUGACGUCACACUUGAGUUCCCAGCGUUUCAGUAACCAAGUCGGAAAAAAGUAAAACCGGAGGUGGAAACAAGAUGGCUACAUCUAUGAACGUUAUGUUAGCGAUUGCCUUGUCCAAAUAUGAGGCAACUUUCAUAGAUGUAGCCAUCUUGUUUCAGGCCCAGAUUUUGCUUUUUUCCGAAUUGGUAACUGAAACGCUGGGAACUCCGGUCUGACGUCAUUUUCAGCUCCGACAUCUGACUUCUGAGGUAACUCGAACGCCACAUAACUCUACGCUGAAUAAAUCAACAAAAAAAAUCAUCAACUUCUCUUUUUUUGAAACGUUGCAGGAAUAACCGACCUCGGAUAACCAAAGAUGUUGUGUGUUUCCAAGCUGGAGACUUUAAUGAAGUGGUCCAGAGGCUGCAGCUGGAUCUGUACGAGCCCCCUGUGUCUCAGGUGACAGUCAAAAUAUUUUUUUUACAAUAUUUAACCCAAAGGUAACAUAUCUCGCUUAUAUUUUAUACACUUCACUGUAUUUGAAGUUUGUAAUCUCUGUUGAUCUUCACACAGUGUGUCCAGUGGGUGGAUGAUGCCAAGCUCAACCAGCUGAGGCGUGAAGGGAUCCGCUACGUGCGCGUCCAGCUCUGUGACGACGACAUCUAUUUCAUACCACGCAACGUCAUCCAUCAGUUUAAGACGGUUUCUGCGGUCUGCAGCCUGGCCUGGCACAUCCGCCUCAAACAGUACCACCCGGAGGAGAACGAGAAAGAGGAAGAGGCGCAGCGGCCCAAUGAUCUCAGCCCCACCUCAGGACGAGUCUCGUUUUCCUCCCCUGCAAUGCCCGACGCCACAGUAACUCCAUGUGCGCGACCACAGGGAGACAACAUCCGCGGAGGGGUGGCCAAAACGGAAGAACUUGAGUUCCAGAGGCCAGCGACACCUCCAAAAGAGCCUCAACCAGCUGCUCCACAGCCCACCAAAUCUGCUCACCUGCCGCCGUCUGUUCUGGAUCCCCAUCUUUCUUUAGAAGCGGUCCACUCUGGGUGCACGCCAUCAAAAGAGGCCUCUCUUCCUAAUCUGUGCCACACUGCAGAGUUCCCUAAAUGA